AUUUUGACACGCUGCAGGCGGUACCACGAUGCCGCCAGUCCAAGGACCAGUUGCCGCCGCUACCAAUCGCGAUGGCCGACCUGGCAUGGAAAUGCUUUCAGAUCAAGUGUCAGUGACGACGUUCUACGCGCCCAAUACUACCGAGCGUGGCGAUAGCUCGGCCGACACGACCCCGUCAAGCACUCUGAGCAGCGGAGAUGACGUCCAUGGUGUCGACACGCAAUUCAGCGAUGCCGUGACCAUCUACGACGACGAGAAGCUAGCCAUCCUGUCGUUCUUAAACUACAUUCACGACAAGCCGCACGACGCUACUUUAUGGAGGACACCGGCGCGACGACGGACGAAAGCCUCGGCCACUCGAAACGUGCCAACAAUGUCGUCUAUGCCACGUCUAGUUGACCAGCUACGGCCCCACGACCACCUGAACGAUUCCAAACGUAAGCCGCCCCAUGCCGACGACACACACAGCAGCAGCCUCACGUCGCCCAAGAAGAGACUCAAACACGACCAAUCCUGCGUUUGCAAUGCCCAAGUCCUGGAUCGAACGCCCGACUCUUCCAAUGGCCUCAACAGUCGGAUGAUGAUUGUGUGUGCCAAUAAACUCUGUCCUGACUCGACCAAGUCGUACCAUCUCUCUUGUGUUGGCUUGGAAGAAGACACUCCAUCGUCGUGGCACUGCCCAAGCUGCACAACGUUGCAGUCGUCGUCGUACUUGACUAUUCCAUUGGCGACAGGCAAGGCCGUGCCUGAAAACCUGUUUCGCAAGCCAGCGUUGAGUAUCACGUAUGGAGACAUGAUUGCCAUGGCCCUUCGCGCAACAUCUCAUGGCGAGGGCACAUUUAAGCAAAUCUGCGAGUUCAUCGAACGCCGAUACGAAACCCAGUUGAACUGGAAACUGGAAAGUGACCAACGCAAAUCACCCGUGUGGAAGUCGUCUGUUCGUAAAAUCCUGUUUUCCAACCCCCGCUUCGCCCGCCAUCCGAAUUUGAAGGGCGUGUUUUGUCUCGUGGAGCCGUCUCCAGCUGCCACGUCAUCGCCCCUGACGGCAUAACCCACGCUGUUUAGUAGUACUGUAUAUAACCAAUUGUAUAUGUAUCAGGUCAGUCGUACACUAUGUGUGGCGGCGAGGUAGUUUUUCUGUAGGAACGGCCAUUCCAUGUCACUAUACUCGACAACACCUUCAUUUUACG